ACUGAGACAUGUGUGCACUGAAAAGAUCUGAAUUAUUCCCCUGAGGAGAGAUCAUCAACAGCAUCGCUUACAAAUCAUCUCAAAUCAUUACGAGAACGCCGCGGUGAAUGUAGAAUUGUGAGCUGUGUGGAGUUUAGUGGAAUCAGUGAACAGUCACACCCCGGUAGCAAAACCAACCCGCAGCUGAAGAUUGUAGCUGUCCUUAAACUUACUGCUAAACUUUUAUUGAUCUACACGCCGGCUUUUUAUUUCUGGUGUACGGAUAACAAGAACCGGGAGCAACAUGACUGGUUUGGGAAUAUGACUAUUCCUCACCAGAUUUCUUUGGGAUUGCGUAAUACUUUCCAGAGUCUGUGAAUAGUCUUCAGUCUGUCAUUAAGUCUGAUCAUGAAAAGCAUUGUGGACAGGGUUUAAUACCUAGCACAAACAAAGAGGAACCAAGAGCACAAGCCUGCACACCUCAUGAGACAAGCAGGACUAAUCACUUUGUGAGUCUGUGUGAAUCGUGUGCUAUAAAUGUCAAAAUGACUGUCAAGCUGGAAUUUGAAGAGUGCCUGAAAGACUCCCCCAGGUUCAGGGCAGCCAUUGAGACUGUGGAGGGGAAUGUGAAUGAGCUGGAAACACGUCUUGAAAAGUUGCUAAAGCAGUGUAAUGCCAUGCUGGAAGCUGGGCGGACGUACUGCCAGAACAGCAAAAAUUUUGUAAAUGGGAUCAAGGAAUUGGGACAACACUCCAAUGAAGACCGAACUAUGGGGGAAUGUUUAGAAAAGUUCUCCAAAAAGCUGUCCCUCAUCCUCACUGCACAGGAGGAGCUCAUUGAGAGCACACAUAAGUCAGUGAAGUUGAAGCUGCAGAGUUUUGUAAAGGAGGAUGUAAAACGUUUUAAGGAUACACGUAAGGAGUUUGAGCGCUGCAGUGAGACUCUGGAUGCAGCGCUGGGGAAGAAUGCGGAAGCCCCACGAGGCAAGCAGCAUGUGGUGGAGGAGGCCAGUCAUUCUCUUAAUCAUGCUCGUAAAGCCUUUAGAUCAGGGACUCUGGACUAUGUACUGCAGAUCAACGUUAUUGAAUCCAAGAAGAAAACUGAAAUCCUUAUGGCGAUGCUGUCACUGAUGGAGGCCCAGGCUUUGUUCUUUCAGCACGGCCACCAGUCUCUCACAGAACUUGAGGAUUACCGCAAACAGCUCAACAAUGAGUACACCCAGCAAGUUUUAAACUCAGCAAGAGAUAAACGGGACAUGGAACAGAGACAUGCUGACAUCAAGAAAAAGGACGAGUCUUAUGAUGAAAUAAUCUUGGACUUCAGUUCAGACGCGUCCAGUGGCAUCGCCAUGGAGGGCUACCUCUACAAGAGAGCCAGUAAUGCCUUCAAAACAUGGAGCAGACGCUGGUUUUCUAUUCAGAACAACCAGCUGGUCUACCAGAAAAAAUUUAAAGAACAGCCUACGGUGGUGGUAGAGGACUUGCGUCUGUGCACAGUAAAGCCCUGUGCUGAUCAGGAGAGACGCUUUUGUUUCGAGGUCGUCUCGCCUUCCAAGAGCUGUCUAUUGCAGGCAGAUUCGGAGCGACAGCAGCAAGGCUGGAUGAGUGCUGUGCAAAACAGCAUUGCCUCAGCAUUUCAGGAGAGGAGAGCGAGCGCACACAGCCCUAGGGUACGCUCUAGCUCUGUGUCAGCGGGUAGCGUGAGUUUUGGUGGAGUGGAGCAGCCGAGUUCUGGUUGUAAGGCGCUGGAGGAGGUGCAGGCUAUUACUGGGAACGAGUACUGCUGUGAUUGUGGAGAACCCGGACCGGACUGGGCCUCCAUUAACCUGGGUAUAACACUCUGUAUCACCUGCUCUGGAAUACACAGGAGUCUGGGUGUCCACUUUUCUAAGGUACGCUCUCUAACGCUGGACUCCUGGGAGCCUGAACUUGUCAAACUAAUGUGUGAGUUAGGAAACGCUGCCAUUAACCGGAUCUACGAGGCACGCAUUGAUGAGAUUACAAUAAAGAAACCACACCCUUCCAGUCCCAGACAGGACAAGGAAUCAUGGAUCCGCUCCAAAUAUGUAGAGAAGAAAUUUAUCCAUAAGCUUCCUGAAACGGGUCGUGGGCAGCCCCUGCGUCGCUCCAGCGCUCGCCGUCUUCGAGGGCCGACACAAGACAAAAUGGGACCGCGUCCCCCGCUGAAACCUAAACCCAACAGAGCCACCCUGCCACGCAGCACAGGCCUAAACCCAAGUGAAGUCCUGAAGAACAGUACUAGCUUUCACAAAGCAGAUGAGGAGGAAGAAGAAGAGGACCUGAGUGGUCUCCAUCCCGGUGCUCUGCUGUUUCGUUCCGCAGCACUUCAGCAUUUCCCCGUCAUGGCUGAUGCUCUGGCUCAUGGAGCUGAUGUAAACUGGGUUAACGUAGCCGAGGAGAGCAAUACACCACUCAUACAGGCAGCUACUGUGAAUUCACUUGCAGCUUGUGAGUUCCUGCUGCAGAAUGGUGCUAACGUUAACCAGGCUGAUUCUAAUGGAAGAGGGCCCUUACAUCACGCUACUAUACUGGGACAUACAGGGCUUGUGUGCCUGUUUCUGAAGAGAGGAGCAGACUACAAUGCAAAAGACAUUAGCCAAAAAGAUCCAAUAACCAUAGCUGUAGAAAGUGCCAACGCAGACAUUGUUACUCUCCUUCGAAUAGCCAAGAUGAACAAGGAGAUGCGGGAGAUGGACGGAUUCGCACAAUCAGGUGACGAGACCUACCAUGAUAUAUUUAGAGAUUUUUCCCAAAUGGCUUCCAACAAUCCUGAGAAGCUUAAAAGGCGCAGCACUGAUAUAAAAAGCCCAUAACCACCAGGUGGCAAAGCAGCACCUGUACCGCUCCCUGUCUGUUACAUAUGCAAAGUGAAGGCUCAGAAUUUUAUUAAUUAAUGCCUUUUGAUUUUCAAGUCUGAUUAAAAAUGUACACGGCUGGUGGCGAUAUCGCUUAUAACAGCUGUACAGAUAUGGGUCAGGUGGUAGCGAUCAGCCAUGGUGACCUUUGAGCCUGCUCUGCACUGGGUCACAGUGUGCAGUUCAUUGAACUUUUGUAGUACCAUUAUGCCACUGCACUGCUGUAGUAUGUCAGGUUACUCGGCAAUGAUCAGUUUUAUUAACCCAUCCUGGUUCCUGGACUGUGCCAAAGGACUCGAGUUAAUGUGUUAAUAUCUGAUGUAUGCUUUCAGAACGUCCUGUUAUCCCUCCAGUCUAUUCAUGGUAUAAUGGUUUUAGUCCACUCUUUUGUAAAACAGCAUCAUGUCCACAUUUUACAUGAAUUUACUGUUUUGUUUUUGUGUUUUUAUGAACAGAAGUGCAUUAGCAUGUUUUUAUUCUUUUCUGUGUUGAAAUGUUUAUCAAUUUAUUUCUUAUUCAAAGUAAUAGAUUUAUACAGUAUCUGCUUUGGGAACUAGUUAAACAUUAAACUUGCUUGCUAAUAUUUGUCCUCUUACAGCUCGGAAAAGCACCUGAAGUGUUUUCUGUACUAUAUAUCUGUUUACUGGUAAAACUUCACCUGUGCCAAUGCUUGAAAUUUUAACCAUUACAGGAACAAAUUAAAAGUGUCAUUUUGGUGGACUUGA